AUGUGGGGAGGAGAAACACGAUUUUGCUCAAAAAAAUACGCCACGUUUAAAGACGAAAUGAAAUGCCCGAAAUAUCACGAGAUUGAAAAAGUCGGAAAGAUAGGAGGUGUGAUCGACUGCAUUGGGCGGGGUGUUAAAAUUUCUUUGAUUUUACAAAGGAUUCCGUUGGUUAUCACAACAACCUAUUCAAACCAAAAGAAAGGCAUUUAUUUUAAAUCUUCUUAUAACAACGUCACAACAUCUUCUAAAAUCAUCAACAGUUUACAAAAGGUUGAAGUUGGGACUGGUUGUAAAGUAACAGAAAAAGAUUAUACCAUAGGUGUUGAGCAUGGGGUAACUUAUGCCAGACCUAUGAAAAUCACGUUCAAUACACUUGGGUUGUAUCAAAAAGUUUAUUGUAACGCCUUCGUGACAUAUCACCCACUACUUAACAACUUUCCUCGAGUGUCGUUUUAUACGUUUGUUAUAUUUUUUUCAAUUAAAACGUUAAUUGUGUUUUUUUGCGUGAAAAACACAGUAAAAUUUCUCACAAAAAGCGGCUCAAAUUUCGCCUCGUUCGGCAUCUGCUCACUUUUUUCACCUCUCAAAAAUCUUGAGAUAAUGACGGAUGUCAAAAUGAAGAAACGCCAAAACGAAAAGGAGGAUUUUCAAGUUUCUUUUGGGACAAAGUACUUCUCAAAAUUUGGAGAUCUGAGAGCACUUGUAUCUUCGGCUGGUGAUGUGAUGGUCGGAAUACAAGCAAAUUACUGUUCUUUGGUAUUUUCAAAGCGAUUUUGGUGA